CUUAUGGAUUGUGAUUAAGGUGAAAAAAAUCUGUUUAGAAGUGAAAAGUUGAGUUCAUUGUCAGUCCGCUUUUCACAAGUGCCCUCCAUUUAGUCACGUGACCUGAGUUUGGGAAAAUGGCGGCUUCCAAAAAUUUUCAACAUGGAUUCGAAAACUAAUCAAAUCGCGGGACAACACAUGGUGGUCGUCCAGUACUGUAUGCUUAGGAAAGCCGGGGACCUGUCUAGUGGAUAACACGUACUCAGAAUGUCAACAAGAGGAAAGCGAGGUAGGGGUCGACCACCAAAAACUCCUUCUUCGACUGGAAGAACAAAUUUUCUCAAACGGCCUCGAGCUUACGGUGGCUCGGAGCCGAACUCUCGGUCGAGUACGCCGGUGAGUACCAGGGGAAAACCCAGAGAAGCAGCCCAGAAGAGUAGAAGCUUUAUACAGAAUCUCUAUGAUGACGGGGAUUAUGACAACUGUCUGAAUGAUUUGGAUGUAGAUCGGUCUAGUGAUGUAACUGAUUUGGAUGCCAACUUCGAUGUUGAUAGCAGUGAAUCGUCGGACGAAUCGGAGUCUGUAUAUAGUGAAGCCAGUUACAGUACCAUCAGCUCAUUUGGACGCCGGAAAUUGUUUCCAAGGAGGCCCAGAACUCCAGAUUUGUACGAUGAAAGGGAAAUACCACCCUUGACACUCCCCACAAGUGCUUCAGAUCUUCUAUUAGAAACGAGUAAAUUAAUGCAAACUAUUGGGAUCUAUGAAGUGCUGAGACAUUUUAGAACAAUAUUACGCCUGUCACCAUAUACUUUUGAGGACUUUUGUGUUGCUCUCCUGAGUGAUGAGCAGAGUGCCUUGCUUGCUGAAACUCACAUAUCUUUACUGAAAUCUUUGCUAAGAGAGGAAGAUUCAAAUAACACUACCUUCGGCCCACAAGACCUAAAGGACAGCAUUAAUAUCACUUUGAUUUUCAAUGAUGGCCUAACUUGGGCAGAGCUGGUCAGAUCAUACCUUGAUAGUGACACACAUGAGGAAUUUAAAUCUGCUAUUAAACCACUUGAAAAACCUGACUAUCCAUUUGUCACUGUUGACGAUAAACUUACCGUUCUACAGUGUCUCACAGACUUGUUUUUAGGGACCAACGCAGUUCGUGAAGAAAUCUUGAAUGAGGGAAACAUACGCUAUGAUGACCACUGCCGAUCGUGUCACAGACUGGGGGACCUGCUAUGCUGUGAAACCUGUCCUGCUGUGUAUCAUUUAGCUUGUGUGGACCCUCCCAUGGAGGCAGUGCCCGAGGAUGACUGGUUGUGCAGUGUCUGCAGGGCGCAUCAGGUCAAGGGAGUUACAGAGUGUGUUUCUGAGGCAGAAAAGAGCGGGCUUCUGUGCAGACAGGAGCCCCUUGGUUAUGAUCGCCAAGGCAGGAAGUACUGGUUCCUGGUGCGGCGUAUUAUUGUAGAGAGUGAGACUGAAGUAUGGUAUUACUCCACCAAGGCUCAUUUGGAUGAACUCAUCUCUACCCUGGAUGGUGAGGAAUGGGAGAAGGAUCUGGUGUACAAUCUAAUAGAAAUAAAGGACGAUAUAACUAAGCAGAUGAGAAUCACUGAGGAGCUCACCAACAGUUGUAAGGGGAAUAAGAAAUCAACACUUGAGAUAGAGAGUGCUCAACUGCUGAAGACUCAGGCAGAACGAGCAGUGAAGAAAGCCGAGGAAGCCAGGCUUAAAGCUGAGGAGGAAGAGAGACGGAGAGAAGAGGAGGAAAAGCAGAGAGAGGAGGAGGAAGAAAAGCACAGACAAGAAGAGGAAAAGCGCAGACAAGAUGAGGAGGAACAAAAGCUAAAAGAGGAGAGCAAGGAAGAAGAAUAUAAAAUAGACAAUGACCAAGAGACAAAUCUACAAGAAAUGCAGUCAUUGGCUAAACACUCUUCACAAACUGCCACAGUUGUGAGUACAACAUCUGUGACAAGCCUGACCAAUUGUGAUGGGGUAAUCUCACAGAAGGAGAUGUCAGAAACUAUGAUUGUGACAACGACGCACACCAAGACAACAUCUGUGGUUGUCAAUUCUAAAAGCUCUGAGAGAACUGACAGCUCAGGGAAGAUGGCGAACGAUCAGCUCACGGACAAACACAAUCCCAAUAAAAACUGCAAUAACACAAAUAAUCGCCCUGAGGGGGCUGUGCUGUUCAAUGUUCAGUCAGUGUUCCCCAAUGCCAAGGCCCAAGUCACAAAUAACGUGGAUGGGUCAGAUGGAGAUGGAACUGAGGAAGCGAAGACAUGCAGCACGGAUGAAAAAAGUGGGGAGACAGCAAAUGCACAGCAAACAGGUGAGGCCAGACGGUAUGUGACACGCUCCAAGACAGGCUCCCUCACACCAAAGAUGUUCACAGACUCUGUGACCUCUACAACACAGAGCCUCAAGACGUCUGUGCGGGCAGUCUCCUCCAACAGUGACGAGGUGUUGGUCAUCAACAAAGAUGGAGAUAUUACACGGGUGACUCGCAGCAAAACUUCCUCACUUAAUGUCACACAGUCACAGUAUUUCAAACUAGGACAAGGAAAUAAUUUCAAGUCCUAUCAGAAUCAGUAUUCCAGCAAUACCUUGGCCCUGAACAAGCACCAGCACAACGAGGAACGUGACAAACGACGCUUCCUCUCCCACAAGUUCAGUCUGACACCCCUGAGUGAGUUCAAAUGGAGCGGGUCCAUUUAUGGCUCCCACGAGCUGAUAGUGGCCACUCUGAGGGCCAGCGUUAUCCAGCUGGAGAACAACAUUCCCUCGCCCUUCCUCCAUCCUAACUGGCCCAUCCACCGCCGCAACUGGCAGAAGGCAGUCCACAUGUGUCAGAACCCUCGGGACUUUGCCCUAGCUCUGGCUAUCCUCGAGGCCUGUAUGAAGCCCGUCUUGUUAAACCCUGUGUGGACGGAGGCUCUGGGCCAUGUGCGGCUUCAGCGUCUCACAUCCAUGGACAGAGAGGAGAUGAAGAAACGAGAAAAGGAGAGGAGUCGGCGUCGAGAUGAAGAGGAAGAUCCGAGUCGCCUCGUUUGGAUGAAAUACACUCUCGGCCUAAAACAUCAGGUGUGGAAGCAGAAAGGGGAGGAGUAUAGGAUAGCUGGGAACGGCGGCUGGCUGUGGUCCAGUGCCACGCGGAACUUUCAGAUUGUUCAUCAGGAUGAUGUAGGCCUGAGGAAUGUGGCGAAGCGGCUGAGGGCACGCCUCCUCAAAGCUGCUGAUUCUGCCUUAAAACAGGCCCAGGCCUCAGAGAAACUGAGCCAGGUCAAGUCAGAAGUGGCCGAUCAGCCUGAUAAGGCAGAGACGGCAAAUGAGAAAGUGAAAGUUGAGGGGGAGACCAAGACCAAACCAUGUGACACAGAGGAGACACAGGGGAACAAGGGGGAGAGUUCAGGAGAUGAGGAGAUUAAGCCGUGUGAGGAAGAUCUGAGGGAUUAUAGGGAAAAGAAGAAGUCUAGUGAUGGACAGGUGGAGGAGAAUGGCAGCUCAGUUGGUGAAGUCGUGGUGAAGUCUGAGCCUGUAGACAGUAGUGUGUGUGAACCAGCUACAGAGAGUAUGGAGGUGGACACAAGCACAGAACCCCUGGGCCAGGAGACAGAGAUGAACACAGGCGGAGAGGGGAGCACUCUUACCCAGGGGACUGAAUGGCAGGCUGUAGGAUCCCAGGAGGAGGAGAACACAGGAUGUUAUUUCCCACCUGUAAGUGGUACAGAAACUCCAGCCUCUGGUGUGUCAGGUAGUAACAUCACAGAACCAGAACAAAGGCAGCCUAACAUCAAGCCAGAGGUGAUCAGUUUGGUAGAAGCUAUGGAGGUAGACGAUGACUGUCAAAAUACCUCUGGGGACAUCAGCAUUGAUGGUAGUGGUGAGAGCAGUGGUGAGAAGGCUAAGUGUGGAACCAAGAGCUGUGCCAAAGAUGAACCAGGCAUGAUCAGAUCAGACAUCAAACCCUUACAGUACCUGAAGUACAAUUCAUCCAGCAGUAGCCUCUUGCCAACUAAGCUAGAUGUGGAGCUAAUAGAUGUGUCCCAGUCAUUGGUGGACAGAAAGCACUAUGUGAAAGUGUCCAAGCCUUACUCCAAGCUGGACCAGCUGUUAGAUCGACGCCUUAAGCAGAGGGACUGGGAAAGCAAACAGCGCUUCAUCUUACAACAGCAGAUUCUUUCCAGGGUAAAACAGAGCAAGUCGUUAUUAAAUGAUAAGUCUUCAUUGUCCAAACCAUCAGGGUCAAAGUCCAAGUCUGCAGACAGUAAAGGGACAGGCACCUGCUACUCUCCUUUGUGUCGCAAGGGACAGUCUCAGAGCUGCUACUCCAUUCUGUGCCGUAGUUCAGGCAGGAAUGUUGCAGGCAUGCCCACAGACUCAGCACAAGGAGAGGAUGCUUUGGCAGGAAUCGGUGGAGAGAUGAUCGACAGUAAAGAGCUAGAUUCAAUAGAAGGAACAUGUAAUAGUGAGAAUGAAGAGAUGGAGGAGGGGAAAGAUUACGAGGAUGCAGAGGAGAAUGUUGAUGUGGAUGAUAAGCCUGAGGAGGCUGAUGAGACUGAUGGUAAGAGAGAGGAAAUCAAGGAUAGCGAGAGUAAAGCUGCCCAUACAGAGGAUGGCGAUGGUAAAGCUGAGGAGGAUGAGGAGGAAGAAGUGGAUGUGGAAGGGGACAGAGAUGAGGCCAGCCAUGGACGAGACAUCGAUAGACUCUUGUCCCCGGUCAAAAACAAAACCGCGAUGACUCCUGCCAAACCCAGUACCACUACAACAGCAGUGACAAACAGCUCUGGUCAGAUAUCCACCCCGACCUUCAAAACCUCUCUGCUGACUUCUACCACAAAGACCCUGCUGCAACCUUCGCUGCUUAAAGGUGUCAUUGACAAUAAGCUACUGGUGGCCAAGGUGAAGGUUGCUGACACAUCUGACACGACCUCAGUAAGCACUGCCACCACCAGCGUGGUGUCACUUAGCACCACCACUUCUGUCACUGGCACUGUCGCCCAGCUGCUGGGGAAGAAGUUACCUGUCACCGCUCUGGGCAAAACCAUGAAAGCUCAACAGGCAGCAGCCAAUCAGAUUCUCUCCUCUCUCUCAAUAGAUGACCUGAAAUCCAAAAUUCCUCCACUUCGUAAGACGACUGAUAAAAUCCAGUUGGCAAGGUUUACAAAAACUGGCAAUAAGAAGGGUAAAACGAUUAAGAAGGGCAGUUUACCAGUGUGUCAGAAAUUCCAAACAGGCUCAGGGAAGAAAAGCAUCUUUGUUUUAGAGAAAUGUGAGUUACGAAGACUGGCAAGGAAAGCUGGUCACAAGGAGGCAGCUGGGUUUAACUAUAACUGUAAGAUGAACCAUGUGAACUGGCCGUACCCUUGUCCCCGUCCCGUCUUUAAGACAGGCUGGAGGUACCGCACUCAAGUCUUGAAGACGUUGGCUGCAGCAGGCCUCCAGCUGCGACUUCUCUGGGCCAGUAUACGGUGGGAUGAUAUGGCUGUCAAACCACCAGCAGGGGGCACCAAUACCAUCUCCACAGAGUCAGAAAUCACCACAACAGAGUUGCUGAAGAGGAGAGACAUUGGGGUGUAUGGACUGCGGUCCGAAUUCCUCGUCAGGAAGAUUGUGGUCCCUAUAGGACUACCCAGUACACCUAAAGAAAAGUACACCCCUCAGAGAAGUGGUUUGCGCGAGAGGAAGCGCGCAGAAUCGCCCAAGCUAACAGAGCCCAGUGUAACGGAGACGUGGAUCCCAGAAGAGGAUCUGGAAUUAUGGGAAAUCAAGCAGUUUGGCGAGAAGCUGGAGAAGCAGCGGGCAGCCAUACAGGAAAAGAUGAACCAGCAGCAAGCUCAGCAGAAUGCUGCCCAGAUCAAAGCUCAGCUAGAACUGCAACUCAAACAACAGCGCCUGGCUCUCCAGCAGAAACGACUCAGCGAUGGCAACGGUGGCAAGACAACAACAACAGCAUUGUCCACCACCACAGUGACAACGUCAACAUCGCUGUCUCGCGUCAGUCUCUCCACACCCACCAUUGUGAAGGCAUCACCAGCCGCCACUGUUAUCACGACACCCAACAUCAAACAUCUUCAGGUCCAACCAAAAACCAUCAUUACAACCCCUCAAGGUGCCACAGCAGCUUCAGCAAUACGACCAGGAAUUAAACUGCAGCUGCCUGGUUCUACCGUGACGCUCAGGCCUACCACCACUGUUACACUGGCCCCUAAACCAUUUGGCACCAUCUCCAGCACGACCAGUUCCAAUACCAUCAUCCGAGCCAUCACACCAGGCCAGGUCCAGGCCAAAACCUCAGCUGUGGUAACCCGCCCACAGGUGGUGGCCCAGGGGGUGCCAGGGCAGGUACAGAACGUACAGAUCAUUCAGGGUCCCCAAGGGCAGCUCCAAGUGCGCGGACUCCUCCAAGGUCAGCAGAUAAUCCGUUUACCAGACGGCCGCUUGCAGCUGAUCAGUUUGCCCACUCCGGCUACACAGCAGAUUGUUACGUCCUCCACACCCUCCUCCCAGUCAGUCGUGUCCACUCAACCGCUGGCCACACUGCGUACAUUGUCCACCCCAGGCUCCACACUCCGCACUGUCUCAACACUAGGCUCAGUGUCCAGUCCUCGAACCGUCACCACAAUGGGGGCAGCCACAGCUGUGCGACCCCAGAUCACAGUGCGGCCUCAACAAGGGACCGUUCGCCCUCAAACUGUGGUUGUGAGUUCUCUCCCCUCAUCAGCGACCACCAGUAGCUCUGCCACACGCCUCAUCAUCCCUGCUCAGAUUGGGUCCCCUCAGACAGCUGUGGCCAUAAGCAAACCUGCUGUGUCUGUCCUCUCUAAGCAGGGGACCCCCACCAUUGUCACCAUCCCAGCCUCUCAGAAGAUGACGGUGCCUCUCACUCAGAAGGUUACACUACCUGUUACCAAACUCUCCGUGCCAGUCUCCCAGAAGCUGACCUCCCCUGUCACCCAGCUUAUCACCUCCCCUGUGAAGACCAGCUCUCCCCUCCAGCUCAAUACUUCUCUUACCACCCCUCAGAAAGCCAGUCUGCCCCUCACUCAGAAGGUAACGCUUCCUGUCUCUGCCCAGAAGAUUGUCACCAGCCCCCCAAACCCUGUCAUCACUGUGCGGCAGCAGUCACCAGGCGCCAAGCCGCAGCUGGCUGUCACCAAGCUGCAGAUGUCCCCGCCCUCAGCACCUACAGCGGCUGCAACCAAAUAUGCAGUCACACCUCAGGUUGUGCAACAAGUUGUGAGACAAGCCCUUCUUCAGAACCAAGCUCCUGAGAUUCAGGCUAAAUUGUUAGCUAUGCAGAGACAGAUGGAGCAGUCUCACACCAAGAUUGGGGUGUCUCCUCUUGCCAAGUCUGGGGGAACUGGAACGACAGGUAGAGAGCAGUCCCUGUUGGCUGCCUCGGUCACCCAAGCCGGUGUACGACAACCCACCCUCAUCACCCCCGUGGAGGCUCCACGUGUAAAGCAGCGCCCCCUAACGCAGGAGCAGAGAGAUGAACAAACAAGAGUUGCAGUGUGUGGCCAAGUAAUGAAAUCCAUGCUGGACAAAAUAGAAAGAGAAGAAAAACUGGAACAAAGGAAACUGAAGAAACAAGAGACUGCAGAAGAAAAGCAGAAGCGUGCGCUGGCUCAGAAAUUGCAGGGUGCUCUGUAUAAACACAAGGAGUCCCUGAAGUCAGAAAUCCUCAAGAAAAGAGCUUUGAUGGAGAAGUCCUUACAACAGGAAAUACAGCUGGAGAUAGGUGAAGUUGUGAAGAAACAGAAGAAGAGUAUCACAUCUCCCAAACCAGGAAUGUCCCCUACUAUCCAGCGCCUGCAGAAGAAGAAAGAAGAGAUGUCUGCUGCAGCAGCAACAGCAGCAUUGGUGCAGGCAUCGCAGGCACAGGCAGCAGCUGCAGCUGCAGCAGCAGGACUAGACAGCAAGACCAAGAAGAAGAAGAUGAAGAUCAUUUCUACAGGAAGUGCCAAAUCUAGAGAUAACAAGCUUUACUGUGUGUGCAAAACACCGUACGAUGAUAAAGAGUUUUACAUUGGGUGUGACCUGUGCUCAAACUGGUUCCAUGGCCGGUGUGUGAACAUCACUGAAGUGGAUGCUAAGAGGAUUGACUCGUAUGUGUGUGAGGAGUGCCGCACCCAGACUGACAAUACCUCAGAGGAGCUGUACUGCCUGUGUCGGACGCCCUAUGACGAGUCACAGUUUUACAUUGGUUGUGACCGAUGUCAAGACUGGUUCCAUGGUCGAUGUGUCGGAAUCACCAAAAAACAGGCUGAUGACAUUGAAACCUACAUUUGUCCAAAUUGUCAGCGAAAUGCCGACGACGACCCUAUAAGUCGGAAGGUGCUGACUGACCAGGACUAUGAACAUCUCAAGAGGCUGCUCAAGAGCCUUCAGGCUCACAAGAUGUCCUGGCCUUUUCUGGAUCCUGUUGACCCAGUAGAGGUUCCAGACUACUACCUAGUCAUCAAGGAACCCAUGGACUUGACCAUGGUGGAAGAAAAACUUGCUGCAAAAGCCUACAAUCAACUAGUGGAUUUUGUGAAAGAUGUGUCAAAAGUGUUUGAUAACUGUCGCUAUUAUAACCCUACAGACAGUCCCUUUUACCUGUGUGCUGAAGUCUUAGAGACAUUCUUUGUUCAGAAACUGAAAGGUGUCAAACAGAAGCUACAGUAGCAUUUGGUCCUCCCAGGGAGUUCUUCAUUCACUUUUCUUACCAUUUACCCACCCUUCUCAUGGAAGCGUCAUCAACUGUACAGUUGCAAUGAAAUGUCAUGCAGAUUUGAUGUUGGUAAUUAUAAAAAUUUGCACAAUAUUGUUUAUACAGCUGUUAUUUAAUGUGUAAUUGUGCUGAUUUUGUAUUGAUAUGAUUAGUUAUUGGUCACCUCAUGUGCACUGAAGGGCACAUCAUACUGAAGUAUCAGCUCCCAGUGUGGAAUAAGAGUACACAGUGGUCUCCUCCUAACAUUAGUUGACAUUCAACUUUGUAAAUAUCUGCAUGAACUGUUAACGGAGCCAUGAGCUGUGUGGUCAAACCCCUUGUAGUAUUUUCCUUCUUUUUUUUUCUUUUUUUUUUUGGCUUCCUUAUUUCCUUGCAGUAUGUUCCAUGAGAUUUUAUACACUUUAGAAUCUAUGCAAUUGUUCCAUGUAAUAUCACUGAUGGAGGGUUUUGUGUAGUCGAUGUUCAACAUCCAAACACUGGCAUGGAGCAAAUAAACUGAUGCUGAUGGCACUUACAAGGCUUAAAUGGGUACUUUUACUCCUCUUGGGUUUUGAGAUAAAUUAAGACUAAAUCAACACUGCAAAGAUAAACACUAUGGUGGACUGAUUAGACUGUUGUCUGUUGCUGUGAUUGGUUUCUUGCCAUGGAUGCUUAUGUUAUUUGAGAAAAUGGCCUUGCUAUCAGACUACAAGAAAUUGGCUCUCAUUGUAACACCUGCAAUAUCACACGAAUGACCUGUCCAUGACAACUAACCAUAUCGAAUGCACUGAAUGCUGCUCUUGAGCUGCGAAAAGGUGGAGGAAUUAGGGUGAACGUAUUCACAUCAAAUCCAUUACAGCUGCCAAAUCAAGGUUCAUAACGUGACAUCCAUUACAGCUGCCAAUUCAAGGUUCAUAACGUGACAUCCAUUACAGCUGCCAAAUCAAGGUUCAUAACGUGACAUCCAUUACAGCUGCCAAUUCAAGGUUCAUAACGUGACAUACAGACUGGACAUCCACAAAUCAUGACGGAGAUUUCAUGACUUAUAUGACAGUGAAACGAAGCUAAUAGCUCUGUGCAAUGAGAAAUCGUUCUAGGGGAUAGUGGCAGAUUCACAUGUGAAAUGAAGCUAAUAGCUCUGUGCAAUGAGAAAUCGUUCUAGGGGAUAGUGGCAGAUUCACGUGAUGUACAGCAUGUUUCAUUAAGUUGUAGUGUCUGAAAUUUUGUACAGAUGCCACAGAAAAUAUUCCUAGUUUAAUCAAACUACAAUAGAACUCUCCUAUACAAGUAGAACACUUGACCUGUGCCCAACAAAUGUGGACAUGAGCAACAUGCUCUCGGAUCUGCUGCUGAUGGUAGGCAUACUC